GGCAGUCGGGCAGCGCCCGGGCGGCGGCGGUGGCGGAGGGAGCGCCCGUCCGUCCGUCCGCACCUCCUCCUUCCCGGGACCCAUCUCAACACCCAUCCUCGGGACCCCCGGAUCUUCCUCAGCACCGACCUCCGGGACCCUGCUCAGCACCCACCCUUGGGACACUCCUUAGCACCGGCCGUCCUCAGCGCAGACCCCCGGGACAUCUAUUCAGAACCGACCUCCUUCAGCCAACGACCCUCGGGACCCCCCUCAGCGGCGGCGGAGGCUGCGGCUGCGGGCGAGGGAUGCGCCGCGCCCCGACACCCAGCCUUGCUAACAUGAUGACCUGACAAGACAGAGCACAGUCCUGACUAUGCAGCCCAGGGACUGAUGGGAAAGGAUCCAAUAUGAGUGUGAAUGAUGUUGGAGGCAGACGACGCUUUGAGGAUAGCGAGUACACGCUGCACAUCUACCCCGGGAGCAUCGCAGAGGGGACAAUCUACUGCCCCAUCACCGCCAGGAAAACGUCCACGGCCGCCGAGGUCAUCGACUCGCUCAUCAACAAACUCCAGCUGGAGAAAACAAAAUGUUACGUGUUGGCCGAAGUGAAGGAGUUUGGAGGGGAGGAAUGGAUCCUCAACCCCACGGACUGCCCGGUGCAGCGCAUGAUGCUGUGGCCGCGCAUGGCGCUGGAGAACCGCAUCAGCGGCGAGGAUUAUCGCUUCCUGCUGCGGGAGAAGAACCUGGAUGGCUCCAUCCACUACGGGAGCCUCCAGUCCUGGCUGCGGGUGACGGAGGAGCGGCGCAGGAUGGUGGAGCGGGGCUUCCUCCCCCAGCCCCAGCAGAAGGACUACGACGACUUGUGCGGUUUGCCGGACCUGAACGAGAAAACGCUCCUGGAAAAUCUCAGAAACCGCUUCAAGCAGGAAAAAAUCUACACCUACGUUGGCAGCAUCCUCAUUGUUAUUAAUCCCUUCAAGUUCCUACCUAUUUAUAACCCCAAGUAUGUGAAGAUGUACGAUAACCAUCAGCUGGGCAAGCUGGAGCCCCACAUUUACGCUGUGGCAGAUGUGGCUUACCAUGCUAUGCUCCAGAGGAAGAAGAACCAGUGCAUCGUGAUUUCAGGAGAGAGCGGCUCGGGAAAGACACAGAGCACCAACUUUCUGAUUCAUCACCUCACCGCCCUCAGCCAGAAGGGAUUUGCCAGUGGAGUAGAACAGAUUAUUCUUGGAGCUGGCCCAGUGCUUGAGGCAUUUGGAAAUGCAAAAACUGCCCAUAACAACAACUCCAGUCGCUUUGGCAAAUUCAUCCAAGUGAACUACCAGGAGACAGGCACCGUGCGAGGAGCUUAUGUUGAAAAAUACCUCCUGGAGAAGUCCCGACUGGUCUAUCAGGAGCACAACGAGCGGAACUACCAUGUAUUUUAUUACCUCCUGGCAGGAGCAAGUGAGGAGGAGAGAUCAGCAUUUCACCUGAAGCAGCCAGAGGAAUAUCAUUACCUUAACCAGAUGACAAAGAAACCCCUCAGACAGAGCUGGGAUGAUUAUUGCUAUGACUCGGAGCCGGAUUGUUUCUCCGUGGAAGGAGAGGACCUGAAGCACGACUUUGAGCGGCUGCAGCUCGCCAUGGAGAUGGUGGGGUUUCUGCCCAAGACACGCAGACAGAUUUUCUCUCUGCUGUCGGCGAUUCUGCACCUGGGGAACAUCCGGUACAAAAAGAAAACCUACAGGGAUGACUCCAUUGACAUCUGCAACCCUGAAAUACUUCCUGUUGUGUCUGAGCUGCUGGAGGUGAAAGAAGAGAUGCUGUUUGAGGCCCUGGUGACCAGAAAGACAGUGACAGUGGGAGAGAAGCUGAUCUUACCAUACAAAUUAGCAGAGGCCGUGACGGUGCGGAAUUCCAUGGCCAAGUCAUUGUACAGUGCCCUGUUUGACUGGAUCGUGUUCAGGAUCAACCACGCCCUCCUCAACUCCAAGGACAUGGAGGAAAGCACCAAGACUUUAUCCAUUGGAGUGCUUGAUAUUUUUGGGUUUGAAGACUAUGAAAACAACAGUUUUGAACAAUUCUGCAUUAACUUUGCCAACGAGCGCUUGCAGCACUACUUUAACCAACACAUCUUUAAACUGGAACAGGAGGAAUAUAGAGCAGAAGGAAUUAGCUGGCACAACAUUGACUACAUAGACAACUCCAGCUGCAUCAACCUGAUCAGCAAGAAGCCAACGGGGCUGCUCCAUCUGCUGGAUGAGGAAAGCAAUUUUCCCCAAGCCACAAACCAGACGCUGCUGGACAAGUUCAAGCGUCAGCACGAAGGGAGCUCCUACAUUGAAUUCCCAGCAGUGAUGGAGCCAGCUUUCAUCAUCAAACACUACGCGGGCAAAGUGAAGUACGGAGUCAAGGAUUUCCGGGAGAAGAACACGGACCACAUGCGGCCGGACAUCGUGGCUCUGCUGCGGAGCAGCAGGAACGCCUUCAUCUGCGGCAUGAUUGGCAUUGAUCCCGUGGCUGUUUUCCGCUGGGCCGUCCUCAGGGCCUUUUUCAGGGCCAUGGUGGCCUUCAGGGAGGCUGGGAAACGAUAUGUGGAGAAGAAAACUGGGCAUGAUGAUGCAGUGCCAUGUGCGGUUUUGAAAAGUGUGGAUAGUUUUAGCUUUCUGCACCACCCAGUUCAUCAGAGGAGCUUAGAGAUCCUGCAGAGGUGCAAGGAGGAGAAGUACAGUAUCACUCGGAAGAGCCCGCGGACGCCGCUCUCAGACCUGCAGGGAGUCAACACCAUCAAUGAGAGGAGCCCACGGGAUGCCUAUGGAGUUGGCUGGAACGGCCGGAUGGGGAUGAGGCACAACAGGCUCACCAGCCCCGGCACCUUCCUGGACAAAGAUGGGAUAUUUGUCAACACCACCAACAGCAAACUGCUGGAGAGGGCCCAUGGCAUCCUCAUGCGAAAUAAGAACUUCAAAGCCAAGCCCAGUCUCCCAAAGCACUUGCUGGAUGUGAAGUCCCUCAAGCACCUGACCAACCUGACCUUGCACGACCGCAUCACCAAAUCUCUCCUCCACCUCCACAAGAAGAAAAAACCACCCAGCAUCAGUGCCCAGUUCCAGGCAUCCCUCAACAAACUGAUGGAGACCCUUGGCCAAGCAGAGCCCUAUUUUGUCAAGUGCAUCCGAUCCAACGCCGAGAAGCUGCCCCUGAGGUUCAACGACAGCCUGGUGCUGCGGCAGCUGCGCUACACGGGGAUGCUGGAGACGGUGCGCAUCCGCCAGUCAGGAUACAGCUGCAAAUACUCCUUCCAGGAUUUUGUGAACCAUUUCCAUGUCCUUUUGCCACAAGGGAUCAGUCCAUCUAAGCACAAUAUCCAUGAUUUCUUCCGGAAGAUAAAACUCAAUCCAGACAAUUACCAAGUUGGAAGAACAAUGGUUUUCAUGAAGGAGCGGGAGCGGCAGCUUCUGCAGGACCUGCUGCACCAGGAGGUGCUGCGGAGGAUCACGCUGCUGCAGCGCUGGUUCCGCAGCCUGCUCUGCAGGAGGCAGUUCCUGAGCCUGCGGCACGCCGCCAUCACCAUACAGAGAUUUUGGCGGAGCUACCAGAGCCAAAAAAAAGGCAAACCAUCCCCAGACCCUCAGGUUCUCAGCAAAGCCGCUGUCAUCCUUCAGACCCACUGGCGAGGCUUCGUGGAGCGGCGCAGGUUCCUGCAGAUGCAGUUUGCAGCCCAUCUCAUCCAGAGCUGCUGGCGGGAGCACGCCAGGCGCCGGCACGCCGCAGCCACCAGCAUCCAGGCGGCCUGGCGGGGCCACCGCAGCCGGCAGGCGCUGGCUGCCCGCAGGAGCAGGGCCGUGUGCCUGCAGGCGGCGUGCCGCGGGUACCUGGCACGGCAAAGGUUUAGAGCUUUGAAAGAGCACCAGUUAAAAGAGAUGCAGCUGGAGAAUGGCCUGGCAGGUAGAGAAGAGGAUGGACUGGAAGCAGAUGGUUUGGAAAUUAAGGGCUCUGACCCAUCUAAGUGGGAGGACAGCUCAUUUGAAGAGCGAGUGAGAGCUGUAGAACAACAUAAAUCACUGAUGGAGAAUAAUCGGGUGAAUCACAUGGACCCACUGGAUACUUCCCUGUACAAAAGGCAUGAGAGAGCCAGCAGCCAGAGUGGGAUGGACACGGAGGAGGAGAUCAUGGUGAGAGAGAGGCCCAAGUCUCUGGAGGAUCUCAACCAGAAGAAAGUGGUUCGUGCAAAGAGGGAAAGCCGGAGGAUGCGGGAGCUGGAGCAGGCGAAGUUCAGCCUGGAGCUGCUCAAGGUGCGCUCCACGGGCGGGCUGUCACCUUCGGAGGAGCAGCGCUGGUCCCCCGAGCUGCUGCCCGAGGCACUGCCUUCCCCUCAGGGAACCCCCGAGAGCGAGAGCUCUCAAGGGAGCUUCGAGUUGUUAAGCAGUGAAGAUACCUCAAGUAGUAAAUUCGUUUCCUUAGUCUUAGAUGAGCAGGACACACAGUCAUUUUCCAUGGACUCCCUGCCCAGCAGUCCCCAGGUUCAGCUGCAGGAGAAGCCAUUCUACACAGGGGAUGGGAACAAGGAUUUGCCUGGCUGCAGACAGACCCCAGCAGACACGGUGCUGCCUGAUAACCUCACCAGGAAGGAGCGUGGGGUUGGUGACCCCCAAAAUGUUAUAAAGGCUCACCCAAGAGAAACCCUCCUCUCCAGCAACCUCCCCACUUUCUACAUUCCACCACAAGACAAUGCGAAGGUGAAGAUGGUGGAGAAUAACCUGAGGAAUAAAGCAGUGCAAAGAGAGGAAAGGACAGUUUUGUUCUCUGAGGACAGGAAGGACUCUGAGCCAGACCAGGGCAAAGCCUUGGAAGAAGAGGAGGAAAAGGAUAAACCCUCUACCAAGAGAGAGGAACGUGGGACAGUGACAGCAGCACGGGCCCUUUCUCCAGGUUCUGUCAUUAAGAGACUGGAAAAGCUCAACGUGGAGAAGGAGGAACGGCAAAAGCAGCUUCAGCUGCAAAAUGAGAGGGAGAUGAUGGAGCAGAUUCGUCAGCAGAAGGAAAUUCUGGAGAGACAGCGCAAAGCCUUCGAGCAGCAAGGGAAGGUAGAGGCUUUGCAGAGGACAGAGCAGAGCAGAGUGAAGGACCCUUCCCUCAAACCAGCCAAAAAACCAGACAGCCGGCCUCAGUCAGUCCUCAUCCUGCCCUCCCAGAGCAGAGGGGAGCACAGCCCCACCCCAGGCACGGCUCCAACCUCAGCAGUGGACAUCAAGGGUCUCACUGUUGGGACCAGGGGAAGCUCUCCAGCCCACGGUGCCCCCAAAGACCGGCCUGUCAGCAUGUUCGUGGAGCCCCGCUGCCAUUCCAAACCAGCUCUGGACCCCAAGGACCACCCAGGCAGCCACUUCUCCAGGACAGAGCGCCUCCGGCAACCUCGGAUACCCAACCAGGCCACUGAGGAGACGAGGGCGAGCUCCAUGUUCUUCACACCAAAGGACAAUCCCUUUGGCCUCCACAGAGAGGCAAAUCAUCAGUGCCUUUCCAAGGGUGAAAUAGCACGGAAGCCAUUUAAGAUGCCAGGGUCUGGCCGAGGCGAGGUGCCCAGACCGAGCCAUAAAAAGAAAGCCCGCAUGGCGCGGACGCGCUCCGAUUUCUUGACUAGAGGUGCUUUUGCUGAUGGGGAGGGGGAUACGGAGGAAGAGGAUUGCGAUGGCAGUUUUGAGUUCCUUCUCUCCUCUGAGCACCCUCCUCACGCCGAGGCGGUGCCCGCAGCCCGCCUGGGGCAGGCCUGUUACAGUGACUCCGAAAUGACCGUGCAGCGAUUCACCUCCGGGGAAGGCCAGGCCAAACUGCACAAAACCAUGUCCCAGGGGGAGAUUGGGAAGCUGGCAGCCACACAGAAGAGUCUGACUCCAGAUGGGAGGCCUCAGCGAGCCAAGAUGAGGUUUUGGGUGAAGGGAAAGCAGGGGGAGAAGAAGCCCCCCCGGGAGAAGCUCGCGACCCAGUCUGAGCUGCUGGAGCUGUACGCGGAGCAGGAAGCCCCUGGCAGGGAGACCAUUCCUGGACUGCAGCUGGGUGAAGCAGAGUUGGGUCCUCAUCCCCUGACGCCCCCGCGGAGUCCGGAGCUGUCGGGCCUCUACCGUCGGGAAUUCAAGGAGAACAAGGAGCCCUCUCCCAAAGUGAAGCGCAAGCGCAGCGUCAAGAUCAGCAACGUGGCUCUGGAGCCUGUGCAGUGGCAGAACGACUCCCUGCAGAUCAUAACGAGUGCCAGUGACCUGAAGAGCAUGGAUGAGUUUCUCCUGAAAAAGAUGAAUGAGCUGGACAACGAGGAUAGCAAGAAGGACACACUGGUGGAUGUCGUGUUCAAGAAAGCGCUGAAGGAAUUCCGACAAAACAUCUUCAGCUUUUACUCCUCGGCAUUGGCAAUGGACGAUGGGAAGAGCAUCCGCUACAAGGACCUCUACGCCUUAUUUGAGCAGAUUCUGGAGAAGACCAUGAGGCUUGAGCAGAGGGACUGGAGUGAGUCUCCAGUUAAAGUCUGGGUCAAUACCUUCAAAGUCUUCCUGGAUGAAUAUAUGCAGGAGUACAAACCCCUGGACUACACUGCAGGGAAGAUGCCAAAAACGGAACGAAAAAAGAGAAGGAAAAAGGAAGCAGAUGUGGUGGAAGAGCACAAUGGUCACAUUUUCAAGGCAACCCAAUACAGCAUCCCCACAUACUGUGAAUAUUGCUCCUCCUUGAUCUGGAUCAUGGACAGGGCUUCUGUUUGUAAAUUAUGUAAAUAUGCUUGUCACAAGAAGUGCUGUCUUAAAACCACGACCAAGUGCUCCAAAAAGCACGACCCAGAGCUCUCCCCACGGCAGUUUGGUGUGGAGCUGUCCCGGCUGACCAGCGAGGAGCGGGCGGUGCCGCUGCUGGUGGAGAAGCUCAUCAACUACAUCGAGAUGCACGGGCUCUACACCGAGGGCAUCUACAGGAAAUCAGGAUCCACCAACAAGAUCAAGGAGCUGCGGCAAGGCCUCGAUACAGACAUCGAUAACGUGAAUUUGGACGACUACAACAUCCACGUCAUUGCCAGCGUGUUCAAGCAGUGGCUCCGAGAUCUGCCCAACCCCCUCAUGACCUUUGAGCUCUACGAGGAGUUCCUGCGGGUGAUGGGCCUCCAGGAGAGGAAGGAGACAGUGCGUGGGGUGUACUCGGUCAUUGACCAGCUCUCCCGCACCCACCUCAGCACCCUGGAGCGCCUCAUCUUCCACCUGGUCAGGAUUGCCCUCCAAGAAGAGACCAACCGUAUGUCAGCCAAUGCCCUGGCCAUCGUGUUUGCUCCCUGCAUCCUCCGCUGCCCCGACACAACAGACCCUCUGCAGAGUGUUCAGGACAUCAGCAAAACCACCACUUGCGUGGAGUUAAUUGUCAUCGAGCAGAUGAACAAGUACAAGGCUCGGCUCAAAGACAUCAACAGCCUGGAGUUCGCAGAGAACAAAGCCAAGAGCCGCCUCUCCUUGAUCCGCAGAUCUAUGGGCAAAGGACGCGUGCGGCGCGGCGCCUUCCCCAGCCCCGCGUCCCCUGUCACCGGCCGCUUGCCCUCGGUGACGGACGUCCCUGAGGAGACCCUGAGCAGCGAGGAGGCCAUGGAGAUGGAAGUGACAGAGCAGCAGCAGGUGGCCAUGCAGCAGGAGGAGAAGGUGCUGACUGAGCAGAUCGAGAGCCUGCAGAAGGAAAAGGAGGAGCUGACAUUUGAGAUGCUGACACUGGAGCCCCGCGCCUCCGACGAUGAAACCCUCGAGUCCGAAGCCUCCAUUGGCACAGCUGACAGCUCCGAAAAUUUGAACUUUGACUCCGAAGGAGCCAUCUCCGACCGCUCGGAGAGAAGUGUAGCACUUAGCUCCCUGCGCCCCGCCAAGGCCGAGGGGCCGAGCCGGCUGCGACGGCACCCCAGGAUGCGGCUGGACCCGGCGGAGCCAACCGACACCCCCAUCUCCUCCUCCUCCUCCUCCUCCCAGUCAUCCACCUCCUGCUUGCCCCACCUGCCCCGGAAGCGCUUCCAGAUGUACUCCAAAUCUCCUUUCUACCGAGCAGGGGGACACCAUGGCGAGGCCCCCGAAACGCGGGCGAGCCCUGAGGGCCUGACGGGGCCUCUCCAUUAUCCCGAGGACCGGCCGCAGUUCACCACGCGCGGGACCUUCAACCCGGAGAAAGGCAAACAGAAACUGAAGAGUGUGAAAUCUUCCCCCCCAAAAACCAAAGAGCCCCCGGAUGGGGGGCCUGGAGGGGGACGCAAGAGGAACCCUGAGGCCGAUUGUGCUGCCGCCCAACCCCUCAUCCUCCUGGGGAGCAACGAGUUCAUGGUCUGAGAUGCUCCACCCCAGAGCCACAUCCAUGCCGGGGCAUCCUCCCCAUUGGCAGUGCUCUGAUGGCUUCCUCGUUAACACCAGGAGAUGAAUGCUUAAUUAAAAAGGCCGGGAGGGGACGGUUUUAAUGGUGGCCUUAAUGAUUUGGAGGAGUUGAGACCUUCGGGUGGCCGGGGGGGUGGCCGGGGAUGGGAGGCAGUGGCUCCUGGCCCUUCCCCUCGGAGCAUCCCACGUCUCGGAGCAUCCGCCGCCAAAUCCUUGUGCCGAAUCGCCAUCACUGUUGGUAGGAGCAAACCAAGCCUAAAAAUCCCACGGGAGCAUCCCGAGCUGGCUCCACUGCAGCCAAGCCCUCCGCGCUUUAACCACCUCAUCCACGCCAACGCCAAGUGCAUGGAAAAGUGUUAAAACCUGCCAAAAAUCACCUUUUCCCUUUGGUUGUUUAUUUUUUAACGAGACCUAACUGUCUUUCCUUUUUUUUUUUUUUUUUUUUUUUUAAGUCUUUUUGAGAUCAUCAGUAUUAAAAAAUAAUAAUAAUUAAUAAUAA